CAACGGGAAGAAAAGCUGUUGGAAGCAUCCGUGGAAUCACUUAUUUCCCGCGUGGCUCAUCUCAAAAACGCUCUUCAAAGUUUCAUCUACAAGUUGGAAAACGAGUAUGAAAGACUGACAUGGUAAGUGACGAGCUAACUUUAGUUAGCAUUGCGCAUGCAACACUUUGAAAUGAUGAGCUGUUUGGUAACUCUCGAGAACCCAAGCCCGUACAGCCAUUGGGUUCUCGUUCAAACAAAUGACCACAGCGUGGCCGUGUAUAAUGUUGAGUUUGGAGAAAGCUAACUAGCUAGGUCCCAGUGUUGCUUUUGGAAUUACAUCAAUUAAACCAAUCUGUAAGACUUGGCUAGCUAACGACUUAUUUGGAUAAAUACACAUUAUUCAUUUUCAGACAUACUCUACUAGCUAAUUCAUGAAGUUGUUGUCUCUGUUAUUGAACAACUUGGACAACAGGCCCUCUGUGUUGGACAACUUUGCCCUCCUGUCCGGUCAGUUGAAUACCAUCAAUAAACUGUUGAGGAAUGAGAAGACACCAUCUUUCCGUCAGCAGGUCAUCAUCCCCCUUCUGCUGUCUCCAGACAGGGAUGAGGAACUAGCUGUGAGUAUAUUUUCUGUGGACAAGGAUUACCCUGGUUAAACCAGACUGAAUGCUGUGCUCACCAAUAAUGAGAAUAGCGUUGAGUCUGGUUUAGCCAGGCUAGAAGAGGAUGGCUUUACAGACACACAUACCGGUACCCUAGUCUUUGCUUACAUCCAUACACUCUGUGCCCACACUCCAGAAACUGACAGAGCAGCGUGUGCCUGUGUUCAGCCAUGAGAUUGUGCCAGAUCACCUGCGCACGAAGCCUGAUCCUGAGGUGGAGGAGCAGGAGAAACAGCUGAGUGCAGAAGCUGCCCGGAUAGGACCAGAGGUGGCACAGGUAAACAGACAUGGUCUUUAUCUAAUCAUACAAGUUCUUUAUGGCAGCAGUCUGAGAGGAGAGUAGGGCCCUGGUUCACAUAAGGCAACCUGUAUCCUUUUCAUACUACUGAGUGAAGUUGUACAUCCACCAUUUGUUGGAAAGGACAAUACGACAAGAAAAUAUUGUGGCCACUUCAAGCCAGUAUGACGGACGUCAAUAUGCUUGCUUAGUAGCUUCACUUCCUCCCUGCCUCGGUACAGUGGCCGUACAACAGCUCAUACCAGAGUAAUCUGCCCGCUUGACCAUACCUUUAGCCAGUUGUGCCACUGAAAAGGUACAAAUUUGGCAAGUGGAUACAUUUCAAGCUGUGGAGUGAGCUUAAAGUACAAUACAUUUGUUACAUAAUGAACAUGACCAUGGUGUAUGGUGGGAAGACACAAUUCUAAGUAAAAUGGUUCUUGUCAUGUAAUGCACAUUGUAGUCUUUUUAUCCCACAACUAUAUUUGGAAGCAUCCUUUGUUUUCCCCCCAACAGAAACAAAUCCAGACACUGAAUAAGCUAUGUUCAAAUCUACUGGAGAAACUGAACAAUCCUCGCGAUGACAGGGAUGCAGAAAGUGCAGGUACAAUGACUGAACCAAGAUAACUUAUUUACCUGAACAUUUAGGCAAGCUAACCUAAGAACUGUGUUAUGAAGUUGAUAUUGAUGCUUAUGUACUCAAAAUGUACAGACGGUCUAACCUAAGGUCUAUGUUAUGGAGUUGAUACAAUUGCACUCUACUCUCUGUUUCAGCUAUACGGCAGAACAAACCAUCAUUCAACAUUGCUGACACCAAUGCACUGGUGGCAGCGGUGGGCUUUGGGAAGGGGCUUUCGAAGUGCAGGCCCCCCGGGCCCGUUGCCCCUGGACACCCAGGACAAGGACCCAUGAUGAGUGGAGGUCCCACCUUACAGCAGGUUACCAUCGGUGGGGGUUCAGGCCAGCAGCAAGGCAUGGGGCCUGGUGCUCCUCAGCAACAGGGACAGCCA